CACGGAAGUCAAAGAUUCCCCAACUGCGAACUGUGAAAAGAGCGUCCGAAAUGAUUUGAUCUCAGCUUUUCUAAUAGUAGCUGCGAUCUAAAGAGAAUCCAUCAUGGUCAAUUCAGACUGUGGAUCAGUGGGGAAAAUCUGAAGGCGGUGGGUCCAAUUCCAGCCUCCUCGUGUCACAAAGUCAAGUUCCUCCUGCCAAUGUGCCCCUGGGCAAUGCACUUAACUCCAAGUUGCCUACCAAUCUGCGUUUCGGUGUAUGAACGUGUGCAUGUUAGUGAGUGUGAAUGUAGCUCUUGAAUAAGGAGUAUGCUGUUCCAACCUCAGAGAAAACAAAGCCUUGAUGAAGAUGGGGCUGACCCUGGUGCUCGUGGGCCAUGUCAACUUUCUUCUGGGAGCACUGGUGCACGGCGCUGUGCUCAGACACAUCGUCGUGCAGACUCGGGUCCGGACUCUUGUGUACGCCAUCUCUAACAUCAUUGCCAUUGUGGCAGGCUUGAUGGGUAUCAUUACCGGGAUAAUUGUUAUUGUUCUGUCCAAGAACAAGAAAAACAGGACCCUGACGUGGGUUCUGCUGGUCUUCAGCAUCCUGGCAGGUUUCUUAGGAGUCAUCUCUGCCGUGGGCGUGUCUUUUUGUUUGGUUAAAGCUUUCAUCCACAAAGAAGAGAGCAUUCUAAAAAGAUACUGCAAUUUCUUUGAUCAAGACUUUGGCUCAGCAACCAUUACAAAAGAAUGUCCCUUCGAUCCAACUCGAAUCUAUGCAACCAGCAUCAUUCUUUGGAUGCCUCUCAUCGUGAUGUGCAUCGUGGAAGCAGUGUUCACCUUUCGCUGCUUUGCUGCCUGCACUUCCUUCCUGUACCUGUGUCCGUGCAGGAAGGAACCGCUGCAGGCUAAGAGGGUUAGAAUCCAAAGAAAAGCCGAAAUCCUAACACCGCUCCCAGAUCUAGAGCCAAGAGCUGGAGCUGAAGAGGAGCCUGAAGAGCAGGAUGAACUGCUGCACAGCGGAGAGAUGCAGAACGAAUGGGUCUAAACCAACAAAAAUGUUUCAUCCAACUCAACAGGAUGAAAAACUGAAGAGAAUCUGUUACAAAUCAAACAUAUUUGGACUUAAACUGGAAAAAGCAGUUGCAUUUUACUAUUUGAUGGCAAAAUAGUUUUUUAUGAUGCGAUGGGAUGCUAUUUUUAUGGUUCAAACGCUUUUAUCAUGUUUGUAAUGUCUUUAAAAACUCUGCCUUACAUACCCUCAGUUUUAAGUGUCUUUUUUCCCCAUUGUUGAAACAAAACUUGUAUAUUUUCUAUCCUUAUUAAAAAAAACUUUAAUACA